AUGGACGACCUGAUGAAAAGUGAUUUAUAUGAACUCUUAAACAUCAGUAUUACCGCUGAAGAAAAAGAGAUUAAAAAAGCUUAUAGGAAGAAAGCUUUAACAUGCCAUCCGGACAAGAAUCCUGACAAUCCUAAAGCAGCUGAACUUUUCCAGCAGCUUUCAAAGGCUUUAGAAAUACUUUUGGAUAGUUCUGCAAGAGCUGCAUAUGACAAAGUUCUGAAUGCUAGAAAAGCUUCACAAAUAAGGAACAGAGAAUUAGAUAGUAAACGAAGAAAACUAAAAGAAGAUUUAGAAGCAAGGGAGAAAAAUGCUGAAAAUUAUAAGGAAGUUGAUCCUGCAGUAAAACUGAGAGAAGAAAUUGAAAGGUUGAGGAAGGAAGGCUCAAAGCUACUGGAACAAGAAAAAGAAUUAUUGAGACAAGAAAUUGAAAGAGAGAGAUUUGGCACACAACUGCAAGAAAAUGUUGCUGCACAACAACGAGAAAAUGCUGUUUUGCCUAGGUUAAAGGUCAAAUGGAAAAGUGAGAAAUCUGAUAAACAGAAUGGAGGUUAUUCCGUAGAAAAUUUGCAACAUUUGUUUCAAAAAUAUGGGCACGUUACAUGUUUGCUGUCUUCUAAAAGAAAAGGUCGUGCAAUAAUUGAAUUUCCAACUAUAGAUGCUGCUAAAGCAGCCUUUGAGUUGGAGAAAGGCCAUAAACAAAACCCUUUGUCUCUGUCAUGGGUUGCCGGACAGCCGGAAGUUCCUCCUAGCCACGGCCAUUUUAAAGAUCCUUCCUUAGUGAAGGGCCCCGUUCCGGAACAUAGUAAGGACAGUACCUUAACAACAAGAGACUAUGAAAGCAUUGUGCUUAUGAAACUGCGACAAGCAGAAGAGAGGAAAAAGCUUAUACAACAGAUGAUGGAGGAAGAAGAUUAAAGAACUUAAUUCCGGAUAGACUUUAAAGAAAUAAUAAAUUCGAACUUUUGGCAAUAUGAGUACAGUCAGACCUCGAUAUAGGGUCAUCCGCUUUUAAGGUCACCCCGCAUAUAAGGUCACUUCUCUAAAGUCCUGGCUCAUUGAAUGGGAAUUCUAUGUCAUGUAUUAUCAGAUAUAUGAUCAGGUCUUAAUACAUUAAUUGCUUAUAAGGUCACUUUUGUCAGAUUUCUUUGAAUUAUUUCAGUGCCUAACAGAUUCACUUCACCGCGAUAUACAAUCCUUAAAAAGUGAAAAGUCGUUUUUCCUAUUAACGUAGCAGGUAGUGCACAGAAUGCAGUAGCAAGUGAGCAUGAUGACAGUGAUACUAAAAUAUGAAACAGUAAUGCGGGCACUCAGCGUGUACGUAUUGCACUCUUUUACCAGCUGAAAAAAUUUUCAGAAAAUAAUUAAAAACCAUUGUGCUUAAAUUAGAGAAAAAACACAUUAGUCCUGUAUUAAUGAUAAUUUUAAGUAAGGUAAGUUGCACAUCAGUUGUUUGCUUGGGGAUAUUUGAAUGCAGCUUUACUCUAAAUGAAAGUUUUAAAAAAGUCAUUUCAAAAUUUCUUAUUGAUUCGAAAAAUUUAAAUUGGUUCAAAUCAAUUUGACUAUAAUAACCUAAUUAACUGAUAGUUUUGAACGUAUUAAAUUUUGAAAAGAAUUAAUGAAUUACAGGUUUAUUUAUCAAUGAAUAUAUAUGAAUUGGUUACAAGGUCAAUCCGCUUAUAAGGUCAGUUUCGUGAAGUCCCGAGGGGUAACCUUAUAUCGAGGUUCGACUGUAUAUCAUUUUGUGCUAAAUUCACUCUGAACCUUUGAAUGUUUUAUCAGUUGCCACUUAUAUGUAUUGAACUACUCAGGGAUGGACUCUAGUAGUUCUGCUUCCCUAGGCGAUAAUAAUAAGUGCCACCCCCCAUUGAAUAAUAUUAAAAUAAUAAUAAUGUAAAAUAAUAAUAUAUUAAUAAAAUAAAAAUAAUAGUAAAGUGCUUAAAAUUAAAAUGAGUUUCGAGUUAAAUUCCAAACUAGGUUUUGCAUAUCCAAGCACUGGUACACACUUUAAAUUACCUUUUUUAAUAUUAAAGUAGUGCAUCUUUUGGCACUGAAACAGAUAUUGAUAUUUUCAAAAGACUUAAGCCACGCAAUUUGCCGCCUCUAAAAUUAAGUUGAAUUUCUACUUAAAUUAUUAACUAUGUUUUGCAUAUCCAUCCAAACAUUGGUACACUCUGUUUUUUUUUUCCCUCCUGCAUUGAAACAGUGAAUCUUAUGGCGCUGAAAAAAAUACUUUUAAAAAAAUGUUUCAACUUCGACAUUUGCCGCCCCUGAUAUGUGCGGACCUAGGCGGUUCCCUACCCCAGGAGCCGGGCCUGGAACUAAUAGUGUUUUUUUCAUGAUAGGGUGAGGCAACUACAUUUGUUUUUCAACUACUUACACCUGUUCUUUAUUUUUUUAGUUGAUGAUAUAUUUUUCUCAACUAUUUUUGCUUCUGUUUUAUCAGUUGAAAUUUCGAAUAUAUAAUAAAAUUGAUAAUUUUUUUUAUUUUGCUCAAAAGCAUUAUUUGAAAUUUAAAUGCAUUGUAAAAUUUCAAUAAAGUAUUAGCUCUUAAAAUGAGUUAAUAUUCAACUGUGUUUCUUUAAAAUUUGUAUACAUACCUUUUUUCUUUUUAAUUCAUGGUUCAUGAGUAUUCAGAGGAUACAUAUUGUAGAAGAAAAAACAGCAAUAAAAUACACAUGCAAAUGUAUAAAUUCAUUAUGUUUCUAUGAUCCCGGGUAAGCACUGCUUAAUUCUGCAAGUGAUGCGCCCUAUCUGUAUUUUAUUUGAUUUUUUCUUUGUUUUUCAAGGGUUGCCACAAGUGCUUAAAACGCCACUUUUUUGCUAUUUUUUCCCUUGAAAGACCUUUUUUUUUUUUGCUUUUUUUGUCUUUUACAUUUCAAAAAUGGAUUAAAAAUUCACAGAUUAAUCCAUUCAUCAUAUGCUUGAAAUCUCAAUACAAAAUAUGUCAUGUCAUUUGAAUUGUUGGCGUAAGGUAUGAGGGGCCAUUGCGUAUCCUAUUGUCUGACAUUCAUUGCUUACGUUUAUAUGUAGUUUAGUUCUUUGUUUCAUGUUUUUGAUUUCAGUGCUGAGAAUGAAGCCUCAUAGCAGUAACAGUUGUCAUUUUUUAAAUUUACUUUUUCUGAAGUCAACAUUCAAAUCAUUUUAAAGUUUUACAAAUCUGAUCAUCAUGUAAGCUGAAGAUUAUAAGCUGAGCUUAUAAGCUGAAGCUUGUAAUGAAGAUAAAACUGAGGGUUCAAAUCCCAUGUCUUAUUUUAAUCUCAAACAUUAUGCUUGCAAUAUUGAUUUUAUCUAAAAUUUCAAUGAAACCAAUUUUUUGUGUAACACUUUUAUAGCAAUAAACA